UGAGGAAUAUGAGCUGAACAGAGGUGUGACUGACGAAUGGUGUAAUCUGGCACCUGAAUCAGAUCUCGUAAGGUUGCCACUUGUUGAACAAGAAAGAGAGCGAGACAAUGAAAAUGAACAGGAAGAUGUUACGUCAGAUGUUUCAGAAUCUGAAUAAGAAGCAAGCCUGCAUAUUUUAUGCAGUUAGAGACUGGUGCAUUAAAAGAGUCUGUGCUCUAAAUCCAGAGCAGUUUUUCUUUUAUAUUAAUGGUGGUGCUGGAACAGGAAAAUCACAUCUUAUCAAAUGCAUCUACUCAGAAGCAUCUAAGAUACUGAGCAAAGUGCCCAGAUAUGCAGACGACGUUGACAUAUCAAAACCCACUGUCCUGUUAACUGCUUUCACUGGGACUGCAGCUUUUAACAUUUCUGGAACAACACUGCAUUCUCUUCUCAAGCUCCCUAGAAGCUUAAAACCUCCUAUUCAGGGACUUGGCAAUCAGCUGGAUGAAGUCAGAUCAGAACUUUUGAAUGCUGAAAUAAUCAUCAUUGACGAAGUGUCUAUGGUGUCAAGACAUCUCUUUGCAUAUGUAGAUGCAAGACUCAAACAGAUCAAAGGGAGUCGGAGACCCUUUGGAGGCAUGUCAGUCAUUGCUGUUGGAGACUUCUAUCAGCUACCCCCAGUGCGACAGUCUAAACCUCUCUGUGUGCACGACCCGUCCGAGAUCGACCUGUGGCGGGAGCAUUUUCAGAUGAUCACUCUGACUGAGAUUAUGCGUCAGAAAGAUGAUGUUGUCUUUGCUGAGAUGCUGAACAGAAUCCGUGUGAAAGGAAAGUUGGAUGAGCUUUGCGAAGCAGAUAGAAAUUUGUUGUCACAGGCCAUAACUGAACCAGCCCUUUGUCCGACUGAUGCGUUGCACAUUUUUGCAACUAAUAAAGAAGUGGAUGCACACAACUCUGCAACACUGGGUCUGCUCCAUACUCAUAUCAUUGACAUCCAUGCAGAUGAUUAUAGAAAGGAUCCUAGAACUGGCAGAAUGGCACUUCAAGACAGACCAUUGAAAGGAGGUAAAAACGAGUUACCAGACACACUGAAAGUUGCAGAAGGAGCUCGUGUCAUGCUCACCAGAAACAUUGACAUACAAAAUGGUUUGGUUAAUGGAGCGUUUGGAAAACUACUUAGAGUAGUUUACUCUGAAAAUGACCAACACAUCAUCAAGCUUGGACUUCAAAUGGAUAAUGAGACAUCUGGAAAGAAUAACCGCACACCAGCAGACGGCAUGGUGUACAUUGAGAGAGCAGAGGAGAAUCUAAAGCAGAAAGGAGUGGUACGAAGACAGUUCCCAGUGAAGCUGGCCUUUGCAUGUACAAUACAUAAGGUACAGGGUAUGACAACCACAUCAGCUGUUGUCUCUCUUAAGAGCAUUUUUGAGCCCGGCAUGGCCUACGUAGCUGUCAGUAGAGUGACGUCUCUCAGUGGACUGUAUCUUCUUGAUAUGGAGGAGAAAAAAAUAUUCACCAACCCAGAAAUCACUGCAGCGCUUGAGAACAUGAGACAAGCCAACCUUGAUGACAUGAUGCCUCUUCUACACGUGAGACAAACACUGAGCAGGUCAGAGGUUUUCACCAUUGUUCAUCAUAAUACAGAGGGACUGCCAGCUCACAUUAAUGACAUCAAGAGUCACCAUGAAUUGUGUCUAGCAGAUGUUUUGUGCCUAACAGAAACACACCUGCGGGGCUCUUUUGUCGCAGAGAGUCUCCACUUGGAAAAUUACAAUUUGUUCAAACGCAACAGACACCUGUCCUACACAAACUUUCCCCAGAUGGCAAACAGAAGUGGUGGUGGAGUUGCUGUUUAUGUGAAAAGUGACAUUCAAGUGCAUGAAAAACAGUACAUCCAUAAUGUAACUGACCUUGAAUUUCUGGCUUUAAAGGUUGAAGCACCAGUCAGUGCUCUGAUUGCAGUUGUGUACAGACCUCCAGACUACACUUUGAGGCCAUUCCUGAAAAACCUGGUAAGCCUAUUAGACUCAUUAGAGAUCAUGGACUGUCAUCCCAUCAUAGUGUGUGGUGAUUUUAAUGAGAAUGUUUUAUCCAGUGCAAACAAACCAAUCCUGGAGCUGUUUGAGUCUAGGGGAUACGCACAGGUCAUCACUGCCCCUACCACAGAGAAGAACACACUGCUUGACCUUAUUUUCAUUUCUCAGCCAGAGCGAUGUCUCCAUUCUGGAGUCAUGAAGACCUACCAUAGUUACCAUGACCCUGUAUACUGUGUAUUGUCCUGUGAUGAUUCAUGAUCUAGAUCUUUGAAUACAAGCUGAGACACUCAGGACUGAACAGACUGCACAGUUUCUGUGACUGAGCCUUCAAAACACCUUCUUUGAAACCACACAUGAUAGAAGGGCUUUAUAUUUGCAGCAGCACUACUAAAGUUGGCAGGACUGUUGCUGCAGGAAAACAUCCCUGGAGAUCACCAUCAUUGCCAGACUGACUGUGCCUCCUCUGUGCAGUGUCAAGAUCCUCCCUAAAUGAGUGUUCCUCAGCUAUCCUGCUUCUGUGCUGCUUGCCACACAUCAAACACUGGCCGGAUGACAGGGAGGAUCCACUCUGAAGUCACUGGAUAUGAUGAGGAUCAUAUGGGACUUUAUAGUUUCAUUGUACUCUUUGAUUACAGGUUUCAAAUGGACAUAAUGACUGCCUCUCUCUGAUCAACAGGCUAAAGGAUUGUUUUCAUUGUUAGUGCUCUGUACAGUGUAUGCUUAUUUAAUAUUUCAUCACAGAGCAAACCUUUAUUUAUUUAACAUAUUUUUAUUUUGUUUAAAUGUUGAAUUAACUGUGGGGAUUUUUUUAACUGGGCACUCGGGAUGUCAUAUGACCAGAAAUGUGUUAACUGGAAUUCUACAGUGUGUAAAAAAAAUCUGCUAAGAACGAAACACAGACAAAAAACUCAAAUUCAUUCCAUGUAAUCCAAUCUAAAACAUUUUAAACUGCUGAACAGCAACACAAACAGUGUUAAAAAACAGUGUUAACAGAAUGAUUAUGAUGAGUUUGUACCAAAGUUUCAGGUCACAUGGCACACCUAGUGUGUAACGUGGGGUAUCAGCUGGUAAGUAUAGGUUUUUUCAUAUUUGUGUCCUUAGAGUUCAGAUAGAUAAAGCCUUGUGUAUAAUAAUUAGUCAUAACCACAACUCAAAGUCAGGGACUAACUAAAUUUGGGACUUUGUGCCUGAGCCCAGGUUAAAACACUGUGUAAAAAAAGCAUUUAGUGGCAUGGCUGAACAAUGCUGUAAACUAAUGAUACUUAUUUAUCAAUGUUCACAAAAAGGACUAAUGUGUUUAUUUGAUUAUUUGCAUGUGUUAAACUGUGUCACCACCUUAGGCUUUCAUUUGAGUUUACUCAAAAAUCUCUAUACAGUUCUCUUUUACCACUGUGUGGACUCUGUUUACAUUAAAACACAAAAAAGAAUGAGUAAUAAAAAGAUGUGUAGACAGAUCAGUAGAUUAAGUAGACCGAUAGAAACAGCUGUUCAGCCAUGUUCUAAGAAACCAACACAAUUUAAAGGUUCAGGAUUGUGGUUUUAAAAGAUGAAUUUUCAUGUAUUUCAUAUGUUGCUUAUUAUUUUUAUUUGGUUAUUUAAUUUAGUUAUUUUUAUUUAUUCUCCUGUGAAGUGUUUAACAAAAAAAGGCUACUUUAAUUUCAAUUUUAUUUGUUUAUUAUUUUGUAAUGUGUUCUUUAAGAAUGGAGUCUGUGCCAAAAACUAAAGUUGAACAGACACAUGACAGGAUCAGAUUAUUAACACCUUAAAACAUUGCAACAUCUCU